AUGGCGGGGAUGGAGGACGAGGAGCUGGAGGAGUACCUGGCGAUGAAGGAUCGCCAGGCGAUGGCGAGGGCAGGCAGAUCCUCCUCUUCCUCUCAUGGCAGACCUGCUGUCUCCUUCGCUCCUGAACCCGCUGCCUCCUCCAACGCUGCGAGCCGAGCCCCUCGAAGUCAAGCAGGCGAUGGCGUCCGACAGUGGAGCGGUGCAGGAGGCGUGCAGGAGGCUGUCAGACAGAAGGCCUCCAAGCUCGAGCAGCUGCAUGCCCAGCAAGGCUCUCGGCUUCCGCAGAGCACCACGAGAGGAAACCCUGUGCCUCGGAAGCUGACGAGAUCGUGGGGAAAGCAGCAGCCAGGCGAGGUGGAGGUGGCGACUGAGUCGAAAGGGCCAGGAGAGAUCAAGCGUCUCCCGCAGGCGAAGGCCUUCACGGGUAGCUCCGAUCCCUCGGCUCUCAAGGGAAAGGAGCAGCAGCACAUGACGAUGAAGGGGGAGAAGUCUGCGAAGCGGGAGAUGCUGAUCCCUUUCACUUCAGGCUCGAGGGAGGAAGAGCUGCUAGCGGACCCGGCGAACCGCGAUGAGGGCGGCAAGUUCGUCGACCCGGACUUCCCUGCCGCUGCCUCUUCGCUCUUCAUGGACCCUCGCAAGCCCUCCAGGCAUCACAUCCCCCAUGAUGCCGUCAAGUGGAUCCGGCCCCACCAGAUCGUAAGCAGCGGAGGAGCGGUGGUGUUUGGGGAGGCAGCGCCCCUGGUGGAGGGGUCGUUAGGGAACGGCUGGUUUGUUGGGGCCCUUGGGUGCCUCGUGGGACGACGCGAUCUGCUGGAAGUUCUGAUCCCCUCCACCGAGAACGGGAGGGCGUACGGUAUCUACACCGUCCGCUACUACAAGUACGGGCAGUGGCACAAUGUUGUCAUCGACGACAGGAUCCCUUGCGACCAAGUGAACGUCCCGCUGUACACUCGGAGUAGCGAUCCUCAGCAGAUCUGGCCGAUGCUGCUGGAGAAAGCGUACGCGAAGAUGCACGGGUGCUACGAAGCGCUGGUGACGGGGAGCGUGACCUAUGCGCUGAGGGACCUGACAGGAGGAGCCGCACAGGCCAUCAACUUGCGAGAGGAGAAUGUGCAGGACCAGAUCAUGAAUGGGUACCUGUGGCAGCAGCUGCUGCUCUGGUGCAAGCAAGGUCUGCUGGGGUGUUGGCAGGAAGUGGAGAGGGAGGGGAGAACUACGGACUUCGACGGUGACUUCAAGAGUCACUGCGUGUACUCGAUCUUGGACGUGAAGGAGCCUGCGGUGGGCAUGCGGUUCAUGAAGCUGAAGCCCAACGUGCAGACGAACUCGAGCCCCUGGAGCGGCAUGUGGUCCAACGACGGGCCGGAGUGGGUGGCAAAUCCGGAGAUAGCUAAGGCGCUGGACUAUGAUAAGGCAUCCAUGGGCGGCAGCUUCUGGAUGACUUUUGAAGACUGGACAAGAUACUUCCAUGUCCUCCACAUCUGCCAGCUCUUCCCUCCCUCCUGGUAUGUGCCACGCUCCACACACCCACAGCCCGAGCCGCUGGUGGUGCAGGGAGCAUGGCGGAAGACGGCGCGCCUUUGCGGGGGCCUGCCGAAGAUGGGAAACCCCAACUGGUGGCAGAACCCGCAGGUGAUGCUAAAGUUGGCGACGGGAGAGAAGACGCAGGUGUUCAUCUCGGUGACGCAACAGGACUCGAGGUUCAACCCCGACUACGAGCGAGGGGCAUCUACCCCCUCCUUCCGAAAGCCGUUCAAGGAGCCUGCUGAGUACAAUGUUGCCAUCGGGGUGGCGGUGGUGCGGAAGAGAGUACUUGAGGGGAAGAAGCUUGGCUCUCAGCUGAAGCGAGCAGACGUGGAGCUGAUGUCGAAGCCCUUCAAGAGGAGUCGCGACGUUGUCAUAUCUGCACCGAAGAUCCUCGACCCUGGCAAGGAGCGCGACGAGUUUGUCAUCAUCCCCAUGGUGUUCGACCCCAGCCAAGUCGUCGGGGAGCUCAAGUUCUGGCUGACCGUGACAGCCAACAAGCCGGUGCAGCUGGAGCCGCGAGGGGGAGACAACCUGAUCCAACCCAAGGGAGGCGUGCAGGACGAGCAGGAGUCGGACGAGGAGUCGGACUACGAGUUCGAGGCGGCUGACCUCGAAGAGAAGAUCUUCCAAGAAAACCCGUCGGGUGGGAGCCAGCAGAAGGGGCCAGGGAAGGAGAGGAGGAGCGCGAAGCAGAUCAUCGCGUGCUGUCAGAAGUUGCAGUGCAAGUACGAGGACCCGGACUUCCCUGUCGGCAGCAAGAUGCUCAAUCGCUCGUCGGACUCGGAGAGGUGGAAGGUGGAGGAAGUUUCCUUCCUCCGCCCCUGCUGGCACGGCCAGCCAGACUUGCGCGAGCACUUGAACUGCGGGUUGCCCCCCACCAGUCCUCCCAUCCUCUUUCCCGAGGGAGGCAAGAGCUCUGUCAUCAAGCAGGGCAGCAUCGCCAACUCUUGGUUUCUGGCAGCAGCUUCUGCGGUCUCGGUAGCGACGAAGCUCGAGCAGCUGCAGUCGCUCUUCGUGGAGUGGAACACGGAGUGCGGGGUCUUUGUGAUCCGCGUCUUCAAGAAGGGCAAGUGGAAGAAAGUGAUCAUCGAUGACCGCCUCCCCGCAAAAAAAGACUCGAGGGCUCUCCUCUUCUCUGCGGGAGUGGACGCACAAGGCUCGUUCGGGCAGGAGGACAUGCGGUCGCAGCGGAUCAUGUGGCUUCCGCUGCUUGAGAAGGCCUACGCCAAGGCCUUCGGCUGUUACGAGCGGCUGUCGCAGGGGAGGAUCCAGCACGCGCUCAAGGACCUGACAGCAGGGGCUCCGCAGGUCCUCCUCCUCGACGAGUCUCGAGCUCCCGACGUGUUCACGCGAGUGGUCAACGGGUCGCUGUGGCGGCAGAUGGUGGACUGGCUCAAGAGCGGCUGCAUGCUCGGCUUCUACUUCGGCGGAGGAGCCAGCACGGCUGCUUGUGUGUCGCUGCACAAGGGGCGAGUGUAUCCCAUCCUAGCGCUGAAGGAGCUGGAGGGAGGGAGGAUGGUGCAGCUGUGGAACCCCUGGCAAGGUGACUCGCAGUACAGCGGGGACUGGGGCAACAGCAGCAGCAACUGGAGCAAGUAUCGAGCUCUAGCUGCUGAAUGCCCCCACGACGACCCCAACAAGUUUUGGAUGAAGGCGGACGGGGAAGACGGGACGCUGGAGAAGGGAGAGAUGUACCUCACCUUCCAGUCAGGCUGCCUGCUCGUCAACCGCCUCUUCCCCUCCUCGUGGACCAUCACGCGAUCCAAGGCGUACUGGACGAGAGGAGGAGCUAAAGGUCCUCCCUUCCAGCCUGACGACACGCGCGGCGAGUGGCUGCUGAACCCGCAGUUCGAGCUUCACGUGUCGGAGCCUCGCACCCUCUGCUUCAUCUCCCUCGCCCAGCCCCAGCCACUGCAGGACGCGGAUGCCGCGAACCCGAUCGGCUUCGUGCUGUUGAAGCGCAAGACGAUCGAGGACAAGGGGAUCGACCUCUCCCGCUCUGACAUGCUCAACCCCCCGCCCAUCCAGUUCAAGCUCGACCGCGAGUGCAGCCUCAACUUCGCCGUCACCCUCGAGCCCAUCGACUCCCCCUACCUCCUCGUCGCCUUCUCAUCCCCCGGCCACCUCGGCAAGCUCUUCCUCUCUGUCUGGCACAACAAGCCCAUCCUCCUCCGAGGAGGCGUCAACUACUGGGACGCCGCCAGUGACCCACGAGACACUGACAUGGAUGAGCCGCUGGUGCCCGAGGCCGUCGAGCUCCUCCAGGACGACCCCAGCUGGGACAAGCAGCAGCCACGAGCUAUGCGCCCACCUGCCACUGCCCACGAGGAGAAGAGGAAGGAGGCGGACGAGCUGGAGGUCAGGUACAAUGAGGCAGCAAAGCAGAAGGAGGUGAAGGACCCGGUACCGAGUGAGGGUGAAGAGAUCAUAGCGAAGAGCAGGGAGGCGACGGGGGAGGCGACGGGGCAGAGGCGACAGGAAGCUGGUCAGGAGGGAGACAGGCGCGACCUCUGCGAGCAGAUCGUGAGGAAGCUGCAGGCUGCUGAGGUCUGGCAGCUCAAGGCGAUCCUGAAGCUGUUGGACUAG